AUGGAGGGUCUCGUCGCUGAGCUCACUUCGGCUGAAGAUCUUCAGGACCAGCUAAUAAAGAUGACUGUACGGCGAGAUGAGCUCUACGCCUGGUUUGGGGAGAUCAGGGAAGCCAUAAACGCCGUUGAUCUCGAGAAAUAUAAACUGAAAAGGGAGGUGAUUCGCCUAAUAGAAGAAACGACCACUCCAAAUAUCCCGCUGAUUGUCUACGACAGUACAAACAACGUCAACAACAUUGUUAAUCCUUACCGAAGCUUGCCCAUGGUGGGGGACCAUACACCGAGGAUGGCAAAUCAGGGGAAAGCCAGUUCUGUGUUUGUAGUGGUCAAGUAUAUUGAACCCCCAUACAGUGGUGCAGUAUUUGAAAUAAAAUUAAAACGAGGAGGAGAAGACCAUAUGGGCGGUGGUGCCGGAAGAGCAGUCACUCAUGAACCCCAACUACUUGAACCUAUAGUCAAGUUAUUUGGUUGUUAUGCGAUUCAGACUGCGAGGAUUUUCAGCCGCUCCCAGUUAUUUCUACUCCUAGAGAACGAUAUUACGCACAAGACACUGCAUGGAUAUGCUAUUAACACGAAGACUUUGUCAGUGGCUUCAUUCGUGCCCCCGGGAGCUUCUAAGCGGGCUGGGGUCAUUGUUUCUGCAUAUGGGAAACUUUAUCAUCUUGCAGCUCCAGUACACCCCGAAAAACUAUCCUUUGACAGCUACGAUCCUGCUACAAAUCUGUGGACGCCUCUGCCUAAUUUUCCAUUUUAUUCUACGUAUCCUGCCAAUAUGCGUAUAGUUGGUCAUGCCGUUUGCUAUGGCUUUAUUUUGUUUUCAAUGUGUGACUGCAAUGAGCAGCGGUCCAAAGCCGCAGCUUUUCAUGUGAGUACAAGUGUAUGGCGUGAAGUGAAAAUUGACACUUAUGCAUUUGUUCCUUUCCGAGGGAGGGCUGUGGUUGUAGGCAAGACUAUCUAUGCCUUAUCUCAAUAUGGAAUGAACAUUCUAGCAUUCUCCUUCUUCUUAAAGAUGGAUGAAGGUGAUUUUGCUUGUUCACUAAACGCACCAUUAAGAUUGCAGGGCCUGGAGGUUCGGGGUGGGCCAUUUACAUGUGGUGCUAAGCAAACAGAGUAUUUGGUUCAUUUGGGGAACAAUGAUUUUUGUCAUAUCCGAACUGCCCAAAACGAUGAAAUUUAUUGUCGUCAAUAUCUUUGUAUAACCACGUUUCAAAUUGUUGUUGGAGAAGGAGGAAGUUGUAUCAAGACCUUAGAUUCAACUGUUUUUCAUGUGGAUGUUAGUCACUCCGGUACUUUCUAUAUUAAAUUCAGCUUCGCACCUGAGUGCGAGGAUUUUGAACCCGAAGAAGAGGAGAGUGUAGAAACAAGUUUCGCAAUUACAAUUGGUUUCGCAGAGACCGGCCGUCCAAUGGGAAAUAUAAAAGCAAAAAAUAUGCUAAAAGCGAGAAAGCCAAACAGCAGGAAAAACCAAGAAGAUGGCGAAUCUAAUGAAAAUAUUGCUUAA